CAUAAAUGGAACUUGAGCCUCGAGUAGAAAAAGAAAAAGAGGUGCAUAAGAAAACAGAGCAGAUACAACAGAGUUUGUAUGAAGUUUCUUUUGAGCAUUUAUUUAAUCAACCAGCCACACAGUUACAGUAUUUGAGAUGGGAUAUCAAUUUUGCUAUGAAGAGAGCUUAUAAGGUAUGCAUGAGAAAGCUCGAGACAAUUGGUAUUAGACUUUGUUUGAGUAUAAAUAUUGGACAGUUUCAAAAUCGACCAAACUUUAGCAACUUUCUGAAGACUUCUUUUAUCAAGAAAACUAGUGAAUUGAGGAUAAGUUUAGAACAGGAUAAACCAAAAAAAUUUAGUUUUUAUCAGAAAUCUAUAAUGAAGUUUCUUCCAAGAGUGAUUGGCCAUCUUAUUUUGAAAAAAUGAGAAAUUAAUUCAAACCAAUUCAGAAAAAUAAUUCAAAUAGGUAGACAUAUAAAAUAUCUAGCCUUUUCUGAAUGUAAAAUUAGCCUCUAUAAUCUGAAGCUAAGUCCAUCAAUUCAUUAUUCGACCGUAUCUAUUGAUUUUUCUGGAGAUACCCCAAUUCUUGGUGAAUCCUCCAAAGAACAAAUGAUCCAAGAUCUAAAACAUUUCCUAAACGUCGCCUCACAAACAGACCUUACUGAUUCCCUUGAGUACUUGCACGUACCCUUUAACAUCAGAUCAUGCAUCUCCCCGUUCAUUCGUGACUCAGCUCUUAAAGGCCUCCAUGCUAAAUUCUAAAUCUGUAUUUACCGUUCAGCCUUGAA